CCCCCCCCCCCCCCCCCCCCCCCCCCCCCCCCCCCCCCCCCCCCCCCCCCCCCCCCCCCCCCCCCCCCCCCCCCCCCCCCCCCCCCCCCUUAAAACAAAACUAAAGAACUAUCUUGAGCUUUAAUCGUUUUAAAAUAAGGUGGCAAAGUUUAUAGGUUCUUAGAACAUUUUUGCCUUCCCAGUGGCAUGCUUUUGUUUUUGUUUAUGUAAAGAUGUAUAUCUGUGUUCUUUUGUUUGUUUUCACUAUCUAUCAUCUUCUUGUGACUACUAAUAUAUUAAUCAAUCAAUCAAUCAAUAAAGAGUCAAUCUGAAGAGUCAACAACGCUUUUUUUUCGAAAUUUAGUGGACAAGAGGUAAUCGACUAUAUUGAGUCCGAAUAUGAGAUCCGUUUGGGUACGCCUCCAGAGACCGGAUUUCUACAAAACCAGUUUUUCAGAAACUCUAAAAACUAAUAAAAGCCUUUCUUAAUGGGGCAUGAUUGUAGCCCGCAAAUUCUGAUUAAAUUGAGACAUAUCCCAGCUGUGCAUGAUCUUUCUUUGCGAAGUCAUUGAAUUUACAAGAAAGCCCUAAAUUGUUCAUUGUCAGCUCAAAGCAACAGAAAUAAGUUCAGAUUCAAUAUAUAUUGUCCACAAAAUUACCGUUCGAUUGAUUAUCGUUACGCACGGUUACGCUUUUGAUAUUGGAAGCGAUGGCUAAUCAGAAAGAUUUAGUAAGUUUAGAAGUAAUGGAUGUAUGUUUCUCACACUAAUAGUGUGGAUUGAUUGUAGCUUGAUAAGAUAUCGGAAGACAUUUGUAGAAUGGAAGAGGGUAUGGAAGUUGCCAAAGGUGGUUUAUCCGACUGGGAUGCAAAUGACAAAGUCGACAAGAAAAGAGGAAUGGAUAGACAUGUCGAUGAAGUAAUUAAUAAUACAGCACAUGGGCAAACAUCAAUUCGGGCUUGA